AGUAGUCUGACAUGUCGGAGAAUCCUGCAGGACCAGGAUCAUGGUCCAGGUCAGGGGCGGUGAGGCCCAGGGCGGUGCGGGCGAUCGCAGCGGACGCUCUGGUGGCGCUGCUGGAGGGCGGUUUGGACCGGGUGGUGCUGAUCGACAGCCGACCGUUCGUGGACUACAACGCCUCGCACAUCCUGGAGGCGGUGAAUGUGAACUGCUCGAAGCUGAUGAAGAGGAGGCUGCAGCAGGACAAAGUUCAGAUCGCUGAGCUCUUGCAGCACUCGGCCAAGAAGAAGCUGGAGCUCGUUGGUGAUCAGGAGGUUGUCGUUUACGAUCAGAGUUCUUCAGACCCAGGUGCUCUCAGCCCUGAGUCGUUCCUCAGCGUCCUGCUGGUCAAACUCGAGAGGACCUUCCCCUCCGUGCAUCUGCUCUCAGGUGGGUUCUCGGAGUUCUCUCACCUGUUCCCUGGUCUCUGUGAGGGGAAGUCGUCUCUAGUCCCCACCUGUAUGUCUCAGCCCUGCCUGCCUGUCACCAACGUGGGCCCCACUCGCAUCCUUUCUCACCUGUACCUGGGCUGUCAGAGAGACGUCCUCAACAAGGAUCUGAUGCAGCAGAACGACAUCGCCUACGUCCUGAACGCCAGCAACACCUGUCCCAAACCUGACUUCAUCCCUGAGUCGCACUUUCUUCGAGUCCCUGUCAACGACUCGUUCUGUGAGAAGAUCCUGCCCUGGCUGGACCGAUCCGUGGAGUUCAUCGAGAAAGCUAAAGCCUCAAACGCUCGUGUCCUGGUCCACUGUCUGGCCGGGAUCUCCCGCUCUGCAACCAUCGCCAUCGCCUACAUAAUGAAGAGGAUGGACAUGAACCUGGACGAGGCGUACAGGUUUGUGAAGGAGAAGCGCCCAACCAUCUCUCCAAACUUUAACUUCCUGGGUCAGCUGCUCGACUUUGAGAAGAAGAUCAAAAGUCCAAAUGAAGAAAAACUCAAGUCGCUCCAUCCUGAGUCAGUGGAGCUCCCUGUUCUUUCUGACAACUCGGAGCCUGCAGCCAAUCGGGAGGCGGCUCCAUGUCCAGCCGAAGGUACAGGUAUGUCCAUGUUGGAGCCACUCACGCUGCCCUGUGUGUUGGCUGACGCCCCUGAAGAGCGUCUGCUGGUCCAGGCCUUAAGCAGUCUGACGCUGCCUGAUGGUCCAGAGGAAAACGCCCGUCUGAAGCGCUCUUUCUCUCUGGAUAUUAAGUCAUAUGGAGAGCCGGGCGGCGCCACUACUCACCGUGUCUUCGUGCCUCAUGGAGGAUCAGGAGACGGCGGUGAGUUCUACAAACCGUCAGGCUUCAAAGAGACGAGCAGUAAGCCAUGUCAGUUCUCACCAGUGGAGGAGGUUUCGGAGCAGUCCACACCAGAGCAGAGUCCUGACAAAGAGGAAGCAGACGGUCCCGAGCGAGUAGCUCAGCCGCUGCCUCCAUCAAAGUCCUCUUCAGGCUUCACCAAACCGCCGCCUGCUGCUCAAAGCUGCUCACAGCAGCUCCACCGCAGUGGCAGCAUGGAGGAGAACGCCACCAGCUUCCUGUUCGGUUUAUCGCGCAGCCAACAGCACCUCGCCAGACCAGGAUCCAGCGGCGCCCUGAAGGGGUGGCACUCUGACAUCCUGCUGGGCCCCGUUACCGUCUCCACUUCCUCUCUGACUGGAGGCUGGUACCUCUCCUCUGACUCCGCCCGCUUCUACUCUACUUCUGCUAUCCUGAGCGGCAGUGGUUUGGCAGCGUACGGCUGCAGCGCAGGGCUGGACGCGGUUCGGCGGCGUGGGCGCCAGAGGACAGGGGACCGCGGCGACUCGAGGAGGAGCUGGCACGAGGAGAGCAGCUUCGAGAAGCAGCUGAAGAGGCGGAGCUGUCAGAUGGAGUUUGGAGACGGACUGACGGACAGCAGGUCCAGGGAUGACCUGCGGCAGGCAGGCAGCCAAUCCAGCUUCUCCGGCAGCAUGGAGGUCAUCCAGGUGUCCUGAGACUGAAUCAGGGAUGCGCUGAGAGUUGGGAAUCUGACGUUUGGUCAGCUUAAAGUCAAGGAAAUGUACAGCUCCAAGGUGAGCUGAUACCUGGGUCAGAGGCACACCGUCAGCCUGAAUUAAAGACGAUAUUUUACUCUGGAAAUAAGUUAAAGUUGUGGUUGUGUUGUCCUGAAGGACUAGAAGGUGAUGCAUUCUGGGUCGUUGAUGAUAAGUUAACAGCGAUUUUUUUUAAAUGAAUCAGCCAUGAAGCAGGAGUUUUAGGGAUGAGCUUUGAUCACCUCAAAGAGUCCAGGAAGAGAGACGAGGACAGCUGCUUCUAAUUUUCUUAUAUUUUGGUUAAUAAGAUUAAAAAGUGCAGCUUAUCAGCAUCACAGGUACCGAAAGAAUCUGUGCACAUCUGUCCUCUGAUUUCACUCAGCAAGACACUUAAAAACAACUACAUCUUCCCCUUAAAUGUCAUAAUUAUUGUAAUGACAAAGCUAAAACAGCUCACUGAAAUAUGAGGGCAGAUUUUUAACAUUUAACUGUAACAGUCAUCCUCCAGAACAAAUCAGUGCACUGUGACUUAUUCAGACAGUGGACAGAAGCAUAAAGCCCUAAACACAUUGUAGCGUUGUGCCACCUUGAUUGCCAUCCCCAACACAAACUGCAUGGCAUGGUACUUCAUACCAGAGUCUAAAGCCCACUCUGGCAUCGCCUCCCCGCCUCACCGAGUAAGUGAAAAAGCAAUAUGAGCAGUGGUAUUUCACCACCGCCUGAGGCCUUCUGUUUAUUCUCCUCCUCCUUGAACAAAAGAUGGCGCUAAAUUUAUUUUUCUCUGCUCAAACAGCGCUGCUACUACGGCAGCUGAGGUGGCCAAAACAGCUCCUCUUUUCAGGAAAACACUCUGCCAGCCAUGCUGGAAUAGAGCAUUAGUGCCCCGGCGUGGGGCGUCCACAGGCGUCUGGCUGCUGUGGAUUUCAGUCAUAGAAAAUAAUGGGGGCAAUUAUUUUGACAUGACGGCGGCGGUGUGUUUUGGGCUUACAAGUGUAGUUGUGUCAACAAAGCUCAAGUGCAAACAGACAAAAAAUAAAGCAAUCUGAGCCAAAUGUAGAUCCUCCUAUCAGUCUCAUAUUCUAAGCUUGAUUUAUACAGCUGUGCUGUCUCUGAAAUACUCCACCUGAACACUAGAUGUCACUUCAGUGUCUGAGUUGGAGCUGAUAAAUAUUGAGCAUCAGUCAAUCAUAAUGCAUAUCAGAAAAGAGCAGAGAUGUUGAAGGAGAUGGAAAGUAUGGCUGCUGAAUCAGUUGAGGCAGAAGAGGAGGGAUUUUUGUGCUUGAUCAGUAAAUUAGAGAGACAUGCAUGUGGAAAUCCACUUUACAGAUGUCGACAUGUGGAUUUGAUAAAUUGGUUUGUCGCCUGCUGACUGAUUACAGGGCGUUUGGUCCACUGUUAAGCCCUGUAGGUACAUCGAAAACAAAGGUCAUUGUCAGGCUACAUGCAUUGUCUUAUUGGUAUAUAAUGUAAAUCAGGCUGAAGGCUCGCUACACAAUAGACAGUUUUUGGCUGACUAAGGGGUGAUGGUCUGUUCAAGGCAUGUUGCAAAUGAUUAUUUGUUCAUUUGCCAUCAAUGCAAAUAUUUUACUGCCCUCAGUUGAAUCAGAGCCUCCCUAUCUUUAAUCAUAAAUAUCAAAUGUGAUAUUUAUGAUUUCAGAUCAGAUUAUAUCCGAGGGAUUACCUGCAGCAGCCAGUGAGAGCUGCAGACUGGGAAGUGUCACCAAACAGCUGCUGCACAUUAUCAGAGGGGGGCAGUAAACUACUGCUGCUAUUCAAAGGACCAAUCACAGGGCUUGCAGUCUAUUGUUCUAAUGCAUGACAGGCAUCAGGCUACACACGAAGGCUUUAUUUGUAGGUGUAGGGCUAUGCAAGCUUAAGGCAUAUGCACAAGUAUAAAGCAGGCUUGAAUAUGUUGGCUGCAGCUCAUUCAAAGCAACUUUUACUUGAAAAACAGAGGAAUAGAAUAUGAAACAGGAUCUGAAAAUAAUGAUUCCAAGUUAGAUUAUGAUGAAAAAAACUUCAUACAAAGCAGUUAAAGGGAAAUCUUAAGGUUUUACCUCCUCUCAGGCCUAAUGUGAUGACAGCGGCGUUGUUUUUAUCAGACAGAAUUCUAGUUAUGGACCUGAAGGUAUGUGCACACCUGUGAUGCUGUUAGAGGAGUAGUCGUGAUGUGAAGGCGAGACGAGACGUGCUGCAGGAAGAACAAAGUUUCUGAUCAACUUUUCACGAUGGACUCCGAGCCUGUGAAUGUUUUUGAUUGGCUGCUCUUCAUCAGCCUCCAGACUCCAUGAUGAUGAUGAUGAUGAUGAUGAUGAUGAAGACUGGGACAGCUCCAGUCUAACUGUACCUCACAGAUCCAGACUUUAUUCUUAAUGAUUAUUGAAGGGUCUAGCCUGACCGUUUAGAGACUCUGUGAUGAAGAUGAGGAAACUGUGAUGUGGAUUAAAGAGGCUGGGACUCGGACAUGGACUCGUUUCAAUGAUAAAGACUCUCACUGGUGUUUGAUGCUGCACUGCAGAGGUGUGAAAGGAUCUGAUUAAAAAUAUAAAGAAAUC